UAGAAGCGUCUGCUUUGUUCUCGAAUGUUUCAGAAACGUUCGAGUCUGACUCAAUAUACCGACCGGAUUUUUGUCAAUACAAUUUGAGAUCUCAUCUUGUGAACUGGAUAUAAUUUAAUAAACACAGAAAAUCACUCCUGGAUGAGGAUGGGAGACAAAGGAUCACCAGGGCUCCGCCGGAUCAUCUGGUUUGCGUCCUUCAUUGUGCUGCUGCGCCUCGCUCAUGGAGAUCUGAGUUACUCUAUUCCAGAGGAGAUGAAACGCGGAUCUGUUAUUGGAAAUGUGGCCAAAGAUCUGGGUGUUGAUUUGAGGACUUUAUCAUCGAGAAAGGCUCGGAUUGACGUGGAGGGGACUCGCAAACGGUACUGUGACAUCAACAUGAACAGCGGGGAUCUGAUCACGUCAGAGAGGAUCGACAGAGAGAACAUUUGCGGCCAGAAACCAUCGUGUUUGAUUAAAAUAGAUUUACUAAUAGAAAAUCCGUUAGAGCUCCAUAGAGUGAGUCUUCAUGUUCAGGAUGUGAAUGAUAAUUCGCCGAAGUUCAGAGAGGAGCUGAUCAGGAUGGAAAUAAGUGAGUCUGCAGAGAAAGGCAGCCGCUUCUCCAUAGAUGAGGCCCAUGACGCAGAUAUAGGUCAGAAUGCUGUUCAAAGAUAUAAUCUGCAAAAAAACGAAAAUUUUGUUCUGUCAGUAACCAGUAACAAGGUUGAACUCAUUUUAGACAAUAAACUAGAUCGUGAAAAACAGCAGGAUAUAGAACUGAUUCUGACAGCUUAUGAUGGCGGCUCUCCUCAGAGAUCAGGGACAGUGGUGAUCCACGUCACUGUGCUGGAUGCUAAUGAUAACGCCCCAGUGUUCAGUCAAGACCUUUAUAAAGCCAGUCUGCCUGAAAACUCUCCUCUGGACACUGUUGUGAUCAGAGUCAGUGCUACUGAUGCAGAUGAGGGAGUGAAUGGAGAUGUGACAUAUCAGUUUGACCAUAUAUUUGCAGAAGAUGUGAACAUCUUUUCUAUUGAUCCCAAAAAUGGUGUGAUAAAAGUUACUGGAGAGCUAGACUAUGAGGAGCACACUUCCUUUGAAAUGAGGAUUAAGGCUAAAGAUGGUUUGGGCUUGACGUCAUACACCAAAGUUAUGAUUGACUUGACUGAUGUUAAUGACAAUUCUCCUGUCAUAUACAUUAAAUCCCUAUCUUCCUCCAUACCUGAGAACGUGUCACCUGGUUCAGAGGUGGGCAUCAUUAAUGUUCAGGACAGAGACUCUGACAAUAACAAGCAGGUCAGAUGUUUCAUUCAACAAAGUGUUCCAUUUAAAUUAGUCCCCUCUAUUGAAAACUAUUACUCUCUGGUCACUACUGGUCAACUGGACCGUGAACUGGUGUCUGACUACAACAUCACCAUCACUGCCACUGAUGAGGGCUCUCCUCCUCUGUCCUCCUCUAAAACUGUUCACUUAUCUGUAGCAGACAUCAACGACAACCCACCUGUGUUUGAGGAACAGUCCUACAGCGCAUAUGUGACUGAGAAUAACAAACCUGGCUCCUCUCUAUGUUCCGUCACUGCUCGAGACCCAGACUGGAGACAAAACGGUACCGUGGUUUAUUCUCUGUUACCUGCUGAGGUGAACGGUGCCCAGGUGUCCUCCUAUCUGUCUGUGAACGGAGACACGGGGGUGAUCCACGCUGUCAGGUCCUUUGACUAUGAACAGUGGAGGAGCUUUAAAGUCCAGGUGAUGGCCAGAGACAACGGUUCUCCUCCGCUCAGCAGCAAUGUCAGCGUCAGUGUCUUCAUCUCAGAUGUGAACGACAACUCUCCUCAGAUACUGUACCCCACCCCGGAGGGCAACUCCUUCAUGACCGAGCUGGUCCCCAAAGCUGCACACGGAGGCUCUCUGGUGUCCAAAGUGAUCGCAGUGGACGCAGACUCUGGACAGAACGCCUGGCUGUCCUAUCAUAUCGUCAAAUCCACUGAGCCGGGACUGUUCACUAUUGGUCUCCACAGCGGAGAGAUCAGGACCCAGAGGGACAUUUCUGAGUCUGACAGCAUGAAACAGAACCUGAUUGUGGCAGUGAAAGAUAACGGACAGCCCUCUCUCUCUGCCACCUGCUCCAUGUAUCUACUGAUUUCUGAUAACUUGGCGGAGGUGCCAGAACUGAAGGACAUUUCUUAUGAGGACAAGAAUUCCAAACUGACCUCUUACCUGAUCAUCGCUCUGGUGUGUGUGUCCACCUUCUUCCUCACCUUCAUCAUCAUCAUCCUGGGUGUGAGGUUCUGUCGCAGGAGGAAGCCCAGAAUGUUGUUUGAUGGAGCAGUGGCCAUCCCCAGUGCUUAUCUCCCUCCUAACUACGCAGAUGUUGACGGCACAGGAACUUUACGCAGCACUUACAACUAUGACGCCUACUUGACCACAGGAUCUCGAACCAGUGACUUUAAGUUUGUGUCCUCUUACAAUGACAACACGCUGCCUGCUGACCAGACUCUGAGGAAGAGUCCCUCUGACUUUGCUGACCCCUUUGAUGAUUUGGAUGCUUCUGUGGAGGUAGGAUACAUCGUUAAAUUAUUCAAAUGUCAAUGA